GUCUGAAAAUGUUUUUUUGAUGACACUGCGGUGGUAGUAGUUAGUAAGCAGCAGUGCUGUGUUCAACUACUUGUGGAAACUUGGAAACUCGGAAAUUUCCGACUUGCUAACUAGUUAUAGUUAUACACGUGCCGUGUUGAACGACUCAUCAAGUCGGACAUUUCUAAGUGUCAUAGUUCCGACUAGCAUUUUAACGCGGCCUAAGCAGGCAAGCACCCCUCACGAGCGAUCUAUUGUGAUCAUCGGUUCGCACAACUGGUAUGUUCUCCUACCGAAAAGGGAACGGAACACUCGCUACUGCUUCUUUUCCACCAGGGUUAUAACUUCGAAUCCUCAAUAGUCAUGCUGGAAGCAACACCUUCGCAUAUUUAGGCGACAUUAUCGGAGAUAAUAAACUAGUACACGCAGACAACAAAUUAUUCCUCUUUUUACGGCGUGUGGAAGGACUGCAUCCGGCCUGAAAAGAAACUCCGGGGACAGGGAUACUGGUCGGAACAACGCACAUCGUUUCUGACCUCCUCUGCCAGAGAGCUCCAUGGAGAAGAUGAAGCGGUUUAGAAGGAGGCUGUCCCAGACUCUGAGAGGGAGUCAGACCAUCGAUGAGUCUCUGUCUGAACUGUCUGAACAGAUGACCAUAGAGGAGAACGGCGUCAAGCACAGCGGUGAGGGGACCAUGGUGCAUAACGGUCACGAACUUCCCCCUUCGGCCCACAGUGUUCACUCCUUCCUGCACCAGUACACUAGUUCCUUCAAGAAGCCCCCUCUGCGGAGACCCCAGAGCGUCAUAGGUGGAGGAGGGCUAGGGUCUUUCAUGGCCGUGCAACGCAACGGCAGCCGCCUCGACAUCGUCCAUGAGAAUAUGAAGAUGGGUUCUGAUGGAGAGAGUGAUCAGGCAUCAGGGACCAGCUCAGACGAGGUUCAGUCACCCACAGGGGUGUGUCUGAGGAACAGGGGCAACCGACGCAUCUCUGCAGAGGACCUGAACAAGCGUCUGUCCUUACCUGCUGACAUCCGUAUUCCAGAUGGUUACCUGGAGAAACUACAGCUCACCAGCCCCUCCUUCGACCAGCCCCUCAGCCGCCGCUCCCGAAGAGCAUCAUUGUCUGAAAUUGGAUUCGGCAAGCUUGAGACAUACAUCAAACUGGACAAGUUAGGAGAGGGAACGUAUGCUACAGUGUUUAAAGGAAGGAGUAAACUGACAGACAACCUGGUGGCUCUGAAGGAGAUCAGACUGGAGCACGAGGAGGGAGCACCUUGCACUGCUAUCAGAGAGGUGUCCUUACUGAAGGACCUGAAACAUGCCAACAUAGUGACCCUGCACGACAUCAUCCACACAGACAAGUCCCUGACGCUAGUCUUCGAGUACCUGGACAAGGACCUGAAGCAGUACAUGGACGACUGUGGGAACAUCCUGAGCAUGCAGAACGUCAAGAUAUUCUUGUUUCAGAUCCUGCGAGGUUUGUCCUACUGUCACAAACGGAAGGUUCUACACAGAGAUCUGAAGCCUCAGAACCUGCUCAUCAACGAACGAGGAGAACUCAAACUGGCCGACUUCGGUCUGGCCCGGGCCAAGUCAGUCCCCACGAAGACGUACUCCAACGAGGUGGUGACGCUCUGGUACCGACCUCCUGACGUUCUACUGGGAUCCUCGGAGUACUCCACACAGAUAGACAUGUGGGGUGUGGGCUGUAUAUUUUAUGAGAUGGCUGCCGGGAGGCCUCUGUUCCCUGGCUCUACUGUGGAGGACGAACUGCACCUCAUCUUCAGACUGCUGGGAACACCCUCAGAGGACAGCUGGCCUGGCAUCUCCUCCAUGGAGGAGUUCAAGUCCUACAAGUUCCCCAAGUACAAGACACAGCCCCUCAUCAACCAUGCUCCCAGGUUGGAUACUGAUGGUAUUGAACUGCUGCUGUGCUUUCUCAAAUACGAGUCCAAGCAGAGGAUGUCUGCAGAUGAGUCGAUGAGACAGCCCUACUUCAGGAGCCUGGGGACACAUGCAAACACACUGCCAGAGAGCAUAUCCAUAUUCACCCUGAAGGAGGUUCAGCUGCAGAGAGAUCCAGGCUAUAGGAACUCGAACUAUCCUGAGUCAGGCAAUGGCAAGAACAGAAGGCAGAGCAUGCUCUUCUAAAGACUCAGAACAGUGGUGUGUUCAACAGAGGAGGAUGUCCUACCUACCUGAAGAGUUAUACAGACAGAGGUGGUUCAGUCCCAGAGAUGGUUGUCCACAAGGGGCCACAGGGGAGGGUAGGAGGACCAGCCCUCUGUGCAGCCACCCUUUCUGCAAGGGGCCCCUAUCUACAGUACUGUUGGACCCCUGGGGGCCCAAGCCAAUGUGAAACUGGCUAAAAAUAGAGAUGUUUAUACAUUUUAUAUUUAUUGGGGAUAAGAGAGAGUUUGCUGCUACAAAUCCAACUACUGUCUAGAAGAUUCUAACUGGCUCAGUCACUUUAAAAGAAAACAACAUGCACUGUGUACAGAUGUUUUAUUAUUUGGAAGGGGUGGCAUUUGUUUUGCUUGUUGUGGUUUUGUCCAUUGAUUUCCAUUAUUUCCACCUCAACACUCCAACUGUGACAGACAGACAGACAAACAGAGUUCUUUGCUGUACCAGAGUCUUGACGUUUUGGGAUUUUCUCUUUUCUGUUGCUGUACGUGGUGCUGUAUUCAAACACCAACCUCCAUAUUUCUGGACCAUUCAAUACAUAUCACAAGAUACUGUUGAGGCCAGUACAGCCCCAGUGGAUGGUGACGAUCGUAGCGAUUGUUCUAUCUCUAUGGUGACCAUAUCCACCUGUUGCCAACGUGAAAGACUGUACCUCAAUUUUGAUAGAAGGUAUGGGAGCAGUGAUCGGCUCGGUGAAAAAUGGUUCACAUAGUUGUUAGUAGGUACAGUUGAAGUUGGAAGUUUACAUACACCUUAGCCAAAUGCAUUUAAACUCAGUUUGUCACAAUUCAUGACAUUUAAUCCUAGUUAAAAUGCCCUGUCUUAGGUCAGUUAGGAUCACCACUUUAUUGUCAGAAUAAUAGUAGAGACAAUGAUUUAUUUCAGCUUUUAUUUCUCCCAUCACAUUCCCAGUGGGUCAGACGUUUACAUACACUCAAUUAGUAUUUGGUAGCAUUGCUUUUAAAUUGUUUAACGUGGGUAAAAGGUUUUGGGUAUCCUUCCACAAGCUUCCCACAAUAAUUUGGGUGAAUUUUGGCCCAUUCCUCCUGACAGAGCUGGUGUUACUGUCAGGUUUGUAGGCCUCCUUGCUCGCACACACUUUUUCAGUUCUGCCCACAAAUGUUCUAUAGGGUUGAGGUCAGGGCUUUGUGAUGGCCACUCCAAUACCUUGACUUUGUUGUCCUUAAGCCAUUUUGCCACAACUUUUUGGAAGUAUGCUUGGGAUCAUUGUCCAUUUGGAAGACCAUUUGCAACCAAGCUUUAACUUCCUGACUGAUGUCUUGAGAUGUUGCUUCAAUAUAUCCACAUAAUUUUCCUCCCUCAUGAUGCCAUUUAUUUUGUGAAGUGCACCAGUCCCUCCUGCAGCAAAGCACCCCCACAACAUGAUGCUGCCACCCCCAUCCUUCACGGUUGAGAUGAUGUUCUUCAGCUUGCAAACCCCCCCCCUUUUUCCUCCAGACAUAACGAUGGUCAUUAUGGCCAAACAGUUCUAUUUUUGUUUUAUCAGACCAGUGGACAUUUCUACAAAAAGUACGAUCUUUGUCCCCAUGUGCAGUUCCAAACCAUAGUCUUGCUUUUUUAUGGCGGUUUUGGAGCAGUGGCUUCUUCCUUGCUGAGCGGCCUUUCAGGUUAUGUCGAUAUAGGACUCAUUUUACUGUGGAUAUAGAUACUUUUCUACCGGUUUCCUCCAGCAUCUUCACAAGGUCCUUUUGGUGUUCUAGGAUUGGUGCGAAAAGUGCAAAUCAAAGUACGUUCAUCUCUAGGAGACAGAAUGCGUCUCCUUCCUGAGCAGUAUGAUGGCUGCGUGGUCACAUGGUGUUUAUACUUGCGUACUAUUGCUUGUACAGAUGAACGUGGUACCUUCAGGCGUUUGUAAAUUGCUCCCAAGGAUGAACCAGACUUGUGGAGGUCUACAAUUUUUUCCUGAGGUCUGCUUUUGGCUGAUUUCUUUUGAUUUUCUCAUGAUGUCAAGCAAAGAGGCACUGAGUUUGAAGGUAGGCCUUGAAAUACAUCCACAGGUACACCUCCAAUUGACUCAGGUUAAUUGACAUCAUUUAUCAGAAGCAUCCAAAGGCAUGACAUAAUUUUCUGUAAUUUUCCAAGCUGUUUAAAGGCACAGUCAACGUAGUGUAUGUAAACUUCUGACUCACUGGAAUUGUGAUACAGUGAAAUAAUCUGUCUGUAAACAAUGGUUGGGAAAAUGACCUGUGUCAUGCACAGAGUAGAUGUCCUAAGCGACACGCCAAAACUAUAGUUUGUUAACAAGAAAUUUGUGGAGUGGUUGAAAAACGAGUUUGAAUGACUCCAACUUUAGUGUAUGUAAACUUCCCACUUCAACUGUGUAUGUAAUGUAGUAGUGGAGCUUCUACCCUAAUGCUCCCAACCAAGAUUUAGAAACCCGUACUGGUUAGAUCCAGAGGGAAGCCGUUAAGGAGAACAUUGAGACUGUCUGGACGAUUCCUUUGUGACGUCAUAUCAUUCCAGAAUGAUGUGGCCUCUUGUCAUCAUGACUCAUGACCAAUGAAUGAACAAAAGCAGUAUGCCAGAGAUUUGGCUGUGGAAUUUAUGAUAUGUGCAUUACAGGACGAUGUCAAAUAUCUGACUUUUAUUUUUAUUCUUCAGAACACCCCAGAGGUAUUGGCCAUGUUCCAGGUCACCUACAUUGCGGUUGAGUUGCUCAGGUUGUUAGAUUAAUAAUUUGUAUUGAUGAGGGUUCCUGCAAUAUGAAAUACUACGUACUCAUUUGCAGAGAACAGAUCCAACUGGUCAUAGAUAAGGAAGUAGUGUAUAUAUAUUUUUAAAUUGCAGUAUAUCUAUAACUGAACAAUCUGAUUAUCUGUGCAACAGGACUGCACUGUAGGUGACCUGGAACAUGGCCACUACCACCACAUGAUGACAGUGUCCUCUUCUCCGCUCCUCUCUAUUGCACCAUGCUUCCUGUGUCUGUCGUGAAGGGUAUGUGAGCGGAGGUCAAAUCUCACUGUCAAACCAGGCCAGAUGGACUGAAGAGGUGUGAAUUACCGACAGUUAUGUUUCUACUCUGCCAUCCAUUCUCAUCCUACUUCUCUCAUCCUACCUUCAAACAACCAACUGGAAAUCAGUUCCUUGUUUUGGAUAGCUUUUAUCGUUGUGUUGGUUGCUCUGCAUGGGGAAAAGAGGAACAUACAGUGACUGAACCCCUCAGUCCGUAAUAGCUCCCUAUUCCUUAUAUCAUUCCAGGAAAUCAGUCCCUUCUGGGUAGUGUAACUUAUAAAAAAAUAUUUUAUUUAGCCUAAUUUUAACAUUUUGUAAUGAAGAGCACAUGUUCAAUUUAAUAUAUUUUGUAUUUUUUAAAUCCUAUCUGAAAAAAAUACUUUUAAGUGCUAAAUAAAGUAACAGGGCUGACUGUAACAGGGUUGAUGAUUUCAACUUAAAUCAGCCAGAAACCCCUUGUGACAGGAGGAAUGGAAGAUUUUGUUGCAUCAAAAAAUAUUUAAUUGUUAAAACACUUCUAGCCUAUCUACGGAUAAUGACAGGGUUGACGUGUUAUGCUCGACCCGCUUAGUUUUCCACCACAAAACACCAGAAAAAUGGAGGGUUGACCUUAAAAUGAAUCACUAGUCUCAUUUAAAUAAAUAAUAAUCUUCAGAAAUGAUUGUCAAAGCAACAAAAUAACUAGUACUUUACAACCUGAUCCUAGACCUGCACUCCUACCCUACUCUGAGCUGCCUCAUGUUGCUGUAGCAGUGCUGAUCUUGGAUCAGUUUUACCUUUUCAGAUAAUAUUCAAUGAGAUUACGUGGAAUGGGUGGACGUGGUCCUAGACCUGCCCUCCUACUCUGAGCUGCCUCAUGUUGCUGUAGCAGUGCUGAUCUUGGAUCAGUUUUACCUUUUCAGAUAAUAUUCAAUGAGAUUACGUGGAAUGAUUGGACGUGGUCCUAGACCUGCACUCCUACUCUGAGCUGCCUCAUGUUGCUGUAGCAGUGCUGAUCUUGGAUCAGUUUUACCUUUUCAGAUAAUAUUCAAUGAGAUUACGUGGAAUGAUUGGACGUGGUCCUAGACCUGCACUCCUACUCUGAGACGCUUUGUGAAUACGGGGCUCAGCUCUCUUAGUGGACACAGUACGGAGUCUACUGUGGUCUAUUUAACAGUGUUUACAUACCAGAUGUUUGGUAUGAUAUUAAUACUUUAACGUUAUUUGUGGGUAAUUAUUAUUAGUGUGGCAUGUCGUGAAGGGAUGUCUCCUUUUAUAUUUGAGAUUUUUUCAGAGAAGGAAAAUUAAACUGAGGAUGAAUAAUA